CUCGCGUCGCCAACUUCUCUCUCACAUUUACUCACGUAUUCACGAUAUGCCGUGAGAUUUUCCAAGGAACUCAGUUGGCGAAGAACUUAAAUUUAAUCACCCCCAAAACACAGAGGGACAUUGCUGCGAGGAAUUGAGUGAUGUGCAAUUGAAAACGUUUUAUCGUGAGACGUGAUUUAUUCCACGAUCAAGUGGUGUAAUUACUAUUACUCAUGUGUCAAUAGACGUUUACCGAGUUGAAUGAAUAUCCCGUGCCGGGGGAUGAUUUCAUGAUUUCAGUCAUGAAGAUGGGGAACCGCGAAAUUUUUUCCGUACUAUCAAAACUUUCCUGAUACUAUCGUUAUCAAGUGCUGACUCCGUCGAUUUCUUUAAUUAAAUAAUAUCCAUGGUGGUCAUGGAAUUAAGAGACAUGUCUCCUAAUUGUUUGCUAUGAAUCUUUGAUAUUCCUUGGAUAUAAUUGAAGUGAAGCAUUUUUUUUUUUUUUCGUUGAGAGAUUUUUCACGAUAAGCGAUUAAUUUUGAUAUAUCAGUGUUUAGUCUCGGCAAUUAGUGACGCUCAAAAGAACCUGUCAGAAGAGGUUCUUUGCUCAUAAUUUUUUCAACUCCAAAAGCCAGUACGGAGCUGCUUUUUUAUUGAAGAUAUUCGUUUCAUUGGCAGUUAGAGAGCGCGGCAAAAUGGAGCGACCUAUCAGAGUAUCUGCAUAUUGAUUAAUUAUCUGUGCGUUUGAUAAUUCCGCAUGGAUUCGUAUCCCAAUUAUAAUUGAACAUACUCACAAUUGAAAGACGAGACCAGUGAAAGAGUUUAUUGACAGACGAUUGUGUUCGAUGAUAUCCAUUUUGGAAGAGAACUAAGUGAAGUGUCCGUCUCUUCUUGGUGUGGACGAGACGACUGCAACAGAAAUGAUUGCAGUACAAUAGCAUUGGGAAACUGUACAAUUUUCAUUCAAGAACAACUCAACGGUUUCGCUAUGGAUCUAAUAGUGUUGUUACUUGUUAUAUUACUGCAGCAAAACGUGAAUGGAUUGAAGUUGCUCUCUAUCAGUAUUCCACCGUACACAUUCAGAGGGGAGAAUGCGCGUCUGGUGUGCAGCUAUGAUUUGGAAUCUGAAAAAUUGUACUCAGUAUCGUGGUACAAAGACAAUGAGGAAUUUUACAAAUACGUGCCGAGCUCAGAUAGAAGCCAACACAGCUAUCAGGUGGAAGGAAUCGAAGUCGAUCACCAUAACUCCAACAGUCAGAAGGUGAUACUUAAGCAUGUGACAUUGGACUCAGCAGGCCUGUAUAAAUGCGAAGUCAGCGCAGAAGCACCAAGUUUUUUAUCAGUUAAAGGGAAAGGCUACAUGGAGGUAAUCGCAUUACCUAACGGCGAACCUAUGAUCACCAGUGAAGAAAAAGUUUAUGCCACCGGUGAUAUUCUUGCUCUCAACUGCACAAGCAGCUGGUCAUUUCCACCAGCACGUAUCACCUGGUUCAUCAAUGGAAUAAAGGUUAAAUCAGUAUCAGAGAUGAUGGUAACACAGAGAGAUUUAGUUUCUACAAUUUCGAGCUUGCGUCUCGAAAUAGGACCGGAUCACUUGACUGAAGGACGAAUUGACGUAAGGUGCGAAUCACUCGUAGAAACGAGUGAACGUGCCACCGAACAUCUACAGGAUUUGCGGCAAACUCACGUUUUCGUCCAAGGCCGCGGGAGUUUAUCCAGUCCAUGUCUUCCACUGUUAAUGGCGGCCCUCAUCACUCGGAGGAUCCUCACAAUGGGUUAAAUUCGAAUGGAUGCAUCACCAGUUCCACAUUCGCACUAGAGAAAUUAUUGACAGAGUAAUGGGUGCAGACAAUCGUGAGCAUUAUUUCUGAACUGAGUAGAUGUGAAUGAAUAAUUUUAUUUGCUGAGUGAAAUAGUUAGGAAAAUUGAAAUUAGGAUAAUCCAAAUAAAUUGAAAAUUGUUAUAUAGUAUAACAAACUGUGUGUGUGUGCUUUGUUCAUGAUUACGGGUUGUACGCUGAUUGUUCGCAUCCCCCGGGCCCGUACAAAACCAGUGAAGUGAAGUGUACCGCUGAUUGAUACACGAAUUAAAUCGCCAAGUUAUUAUAUUUCAUGACAACUCUUUCAUAUUUUAUGUACAUAGCAAUUUCACGCAGACAGUAAAUUUCCAAACUGUAUCUUUCUGAAUGAAGAUGAAACGAAAAAUAAUGCCAUCACUUGGGAAAUAAUCGCUAAUCAGAUUCAAUCGAAGGUCACCUAUUUUCAUGCUCUCAACUCCAUAUCGAAAUUCAAAUAGUUUGCCUCUUUAGUAUUGUUGACGUAUAUCAAGACAACGAAGUAAUUUUGUUGAUCUUCGAAUCCACCACGCCCUCUGUUACUUUCCACUAAGCUUUCGUUCCAAUUAUAAGUUUUAAUUGGUACAAGCUAAUUAAUAAGAAGCCCAGAAAUACUUAACCGCUUAAUUACGAUGGACGUACAAUCACGAGUAACUAGGCUGUGUGUUAUAGCAAAAUGAUGUUGAUGGUUAUCAUCAGCUAGCUAUUCAACGGCAACGUUGGAGGUUCAAUUCAAAUUUUACGGCUACGGAUUUGAUGUUUGUUGAGAAUUCGCGUUGAAACUAACUGAAGUUAAUGUAAACUGUUUUUUGUACAUAUCGCAACGAUUGAUGACGUCAGUAAAAAAUUAUGAAAAUUGUUAGCACGGCAUGUUGGAAUUUCCGAGCACGCCACAAAUUGAGGAUUUGAGUGAUUGAAUUAUUAAAUACGGAAGGUACGUGCUAAGUAGAUCAUCGGGAAAAAAAAUGUCUCCGCAAUGAAAAAUGGAGUAAAUUUUACAUUUUCAUUGAAUGUCUUCAUCAUGUUUCAAUUCCCUUAACUCAUUGACAAAUACAGGCACAAGAAAUUUAGAAAGCAGAGGAAGUGGUGAAAGCCCGUUGACUAAGCCAUUUGAAAACAACGACGUACGUUUGCGACAAGGUGAGUAACGUUGCACCUCCACGGUGCAUUUUGCUUUCCACAGAAAAGAGCGGUGUAAAAUCUUAUUGAUUUUCAAGUCAUAGAAAUUUAAGAGCGUAUAUGGAUUUCGUAACUCAUAAUAAUCCAUUUAUUAUAUCAAUGACAUAUGUUCGUCUUAAGUAGACACCCGAAACGAAGGCAUAACUUAUCGGUGUGCAAUCCCGUAAAUUCAAUACGUUGUUCAUAACGCUUAAUGUAUUUCCCUGAAGAGCAGUGCGUAUAAUGUAUUCGAACUAGGCGAAAAUCACAAUCCAUCUGUAAAUUGAAUGAAGGUGAAUUUGAAUUAAUGAAAAUAUGUAAAAAGAAUUGUCUUCAAACAUGACGAAGAAUGGAUAAUUCGAUAAUUCUCCGUUAAAACUGAAAUUUCGAAGAGUGAGGGAUUAGAAGUAAAAAGGAUAUAGUUGACUUAGAGAAUACGCUCGGCUCUGUUAUCCUUUGAAAGGUGUUCAAAAAAAAUAUAUUAUAUAUUUAUGUGUAUGGCCUAAUGUACAUAA